UUGAUACUUCGAAUACUUCGUUAGUCGUUGUUUAUAGAGUGGCAGAACUAGUUGAGUGAAUUUCAGAACGAUAAUAACACUCAUAUAAAACAUUAUCAUCUGUUAAUUUAACAGGAAGUUGCCUUUCAUAGAUAUUAAAGGCACUGAUUCUCUAAAAACUUAUCGGCAUUCGUACUAUUACGGAAUAAUUACAUCAUGACGGUGAUGUUAUCUGAGCAUUAAGACGACAAUAAAUUCCAGUCGGACGGGGAAGUUCAGACAUCUCUUAUUUAGCACAUAUUACUUCUGCUACAUUUAUCAUUAUCACUGAGCAGUGUUUUUAGUAAUAAUUCACUACCGCUAAUUAAUAAAUAUGACGCAAAUUAAGAGAGUGCUUGUGAUCUACACUGGUGGUACUUUUGGGAUGCUGAAGAAUGAAAAAGGAGUACUGGUGCCACAAAAGAACAUAGAGAAGGUGAUAAGGCGCCUGCCACAGUUACACGACGAAGAGUACUAUAGAACGCACCUCGCUAACUCCGAGAAGAAGGAGUACCUCGCUCUGCCAGACGGAAAGGAUACAGAAUUGAAGAUCUUAUACAAAAUUCACGAGUACGAAGAAUUGAAGGACUCUUCAGACUUUACUCUCGACGACUGGAUUAAGCAGGCGAGAGAUAUCAAGAAAUACUACCACGACUAUGACGGCUUCGUGGUUCUCCACGGCACGGACACGACGGCGUACGGCGCCUCCGUGCUGUCCUUCAUGCUGGAAACGGUCGGCAAGACCGUCGUGCUGACAGGAGCACAGGUGCCCAUCUUCCAGCCGCGUAGCGAUGGUAAUAACAACUUUUUAUGCGCGCUGCUGAUCGCCGCUACUCAGCUCAUUCCAGAGGUCACCGUGUUCUUUGGAGCCAAAUUGUUCAGAGGAACUAGAGUAAAGAAAGUGUCCAACACCCGCAUCUACGCGUUCGACUCCCCUAACUACCCCCCGAUCCUAGAGGCCAGGACGACCCUGGAUGUGGACCCGAAGAUGCUGAUCCACCCGCCCGGAUCCGUACCGGACGAGUGCCGGAUACACGACCGGCUCAGCCGGAAGGUCUAUACGCUCAAAGUCAACCCGACCAUCACGGCUGAGGUCAUCAGAUCUGUGUUCCAAGGAAUGGAAGGCGUAGUGCUAGAAACAUACGGUAACGGCAACAUCCCGAUCAAGCGCAAGGAGAUCUACCAGGAGAUCGAGCGAGCGGUCAAGAAUAAUGUACUAGUCGUCAACGUAACGCAGUGCAUCAAUGGAACUGUGCAGGGGAAGGCCAUUUAUGAGACUGGAUUGUUGCUGGUAGAAUGCGGUGUGGUGCCUGCAUUCGACAUGACGGCCGAGGCGGCGUGGGCCAAACUAUGCUACGUACUCUCCAAGACUGAACUCAGCUAUCAGCAGAAAGUAGAGUUGAUGAAGACGAACAUUCGUGGCGAGCUGUAUAAUCCGAACCACGUUGCUGUCAACGGAAAAUGAUUAAGAUUUUUAUCCUAAAGAGAUUCUAUAUGAAGUUAUGAUAUUAUAUUAUGAAUAAUGUUUAAUAACUAUAAGGACACAUUUACAUAUAAUGUAUGCCUGUGAGUGCUCGAAUAAGAAAGUAGCGAUUAAAAAUUAACUACUUACUUAA